CCAGUCACGUGGCCGGAGACAAAAUGGUGGCGACGAACCUCAUCCUUCUGACAACGGUCAGUUUAAUGCUUGUCAUAAUGACAGAACAAGCACCUGCGGAUCAAGCCCGUAUUCCUGCCUUACAGGUGGUUGUCGCCAGUAACGGGACCUAUCAACUGAAGGUCAAGGGUACGGUCUGGUUAAACAGUGCCCCAACGUUCUUCGUCCUGAACAACCAGAGGUAUGGCAUUGACGACGGAACUCUGGUGGUUGAGUCCGUCAAGAACAUCAGCUUCCCAGGGGAUCUUUUGGGACCCGGCGUAGAGACCCGAAUCACCUUCAACGCCAACAACGUCACCAUUGUCGCAAGUGUCCUCGCAUACUCCUCGGACGAGCUGUUGACAUUCAAAGUGAACUUCCCCAUGGGCGCUACAGACAUUAACCACAUCAACUACGACAGCGUCAUCUGUGGCUUCCCGGGCUUCGUGAUGGAGAACGACUUGUAUCCCCUCGGCUUCAUGUCUCUGGGUGGGGAGUUUGCCGGCUACACGGAGCAGAUGGUGGGCAGGUGGAACAAGACGGCCAACAUUCAGGACGGCCUGGAGGGGUCGGCUCCCCUAAACCUUUUCGACAAGAGCUUUAACGCCAUCACCAUAGGUCCACAGGAUAACUUCAUGUCCACGUCGUUGUGGCGGGACAUCGACAACGACUACGUAUACUGGGGAAUCAUGAGCGGUGUUACCCAAGUUCCAACUAAUUUCACAUACCAAGUUUUAACAGCCUAUUCAGCUGACGUCACACAGAGCAUGUUCGUGUGGGGCAACUCAAUCGCCAGCUUAUACUACAGGCUGAGCCGCCCCUCCGACCCAGUUGUCAACAACAUCGGCUACUGGACCGGAGAAGGGUCCUUCUACUACGAGGAAGGGAGUUUCGAGGGUAACUAUGAAGACGCCAUCACAGCUGUAUUUGCAGCUGCAGCUAAUAGAUCACUGCCAUACAGCUAUGUGGAACUGGACAACUGGUGGUUCACAAAAGGUCAAGGAGGAGGGGUCAAGAAGUGGACAGCACCCACGGACAUCUUCCCCAAUGGAAUCGAGCAGCUGCACAACAAGAUUAAUAAGCCGAUUGUUGCCAAAAAUAACUUCUGGUCAAGUGAUACAAUCUACGCAACACAAAAUCAGGGGCAGUACAACUUCGACAUAUCCGGUGACAUGGCUCUACCCAAAGAUGAGGCAUUUUGGGACUUCCUGUUCGGGGAAGCAAAGCAAUGGGGCAUGACUACCUACAUUCAGGACAACAUGACAGAAAUAUUCCGUCAGUUUGAUUACCUGAAGAUGGAUCUGGACUACGGCAGGGACUGGUUGAUGAACAUGGGCACCGCUGCCACGAAACACAACAUCACCAUCCAGUACAGUGGCGCCCUCCCGCGGAUGGUCAUGCAAUCUCUGGAGAUACCCGCCGUCACACAGAUUCGAGUGAGCCCCAACUACGGCGCGUCCGAGGACCAGUGGAAGAUCGGUCUGACGUCUAUAUUUGCCAGUGGUCUACAAGUCGCCAUAUCUAAGGACGGGUUCCUGUCACAACAGCACGAAGGGGCACUGGGGGAUCCCAACUCAGAGCGGCAGGGUCUGAUAUCGUCCCUCAGUAAGGGGAUGUUUGAAACUGGCGACGAGGCGUGGAAGUCCAACACCACCCUCAUCAUGAAGAGCUGCCUAAAGGAUGGAACGAUUCUGAGACCGGAUUUCCCCGUUGUGGCAGUUGACGCCCAGCUCAUGCAGAGGGCGUUCCAAGAUGGCAGCGGCCCAGUUGGUGAAGUGUGGGCGACGCUCUCCACCGUCACAAGGAUGGGGGAUGGCCCUGAGCUUAAGUUUGGAAUUAUCUUUGCUUCCAAUCUCCAAGGAUCAUACGCCAUCACACCCUCCAUCGCCGGCUUCACGUUUGAGUUUCCAAAAAGUAAGAUCUUCAACGCCAAGGAUCCCCGAGAGCAGCACGACUUCUCCGAAGACAAACCCUUCACGCUGACCGGCUGCACCGCCGACACCUUCUGCCUCUACUACACGUCUCCUGUCAUCAGCCUCAAUAACAAGGAAGUGCUGAUCAUGGGCGAACUGGACAAAUGGAUACCAAUGUCAAGACAACGUGUUAUCAACGUCACCCUCAGCAACGUCAUCACCAUCGACUUGGUAGGGGCCAAACAGGAGAAGGUGGAGAUGUGGUUUUCUGUGAAUGGAAAUAUGGGGGCCCUCGCCAUCGAUGUGAAUAACAACGGAGCGGCGUCACUGGUAUUCGAGGACAAGUUAAUCAACUCCGGAGGACGUGGUCAGCCUCUAUCCGUCGUCGUUGCUGCCGUCGUGGCGUUAGUUGUCACCUUUUUCUGUAAACAGUUAUAGUUAUAAAUGUAACUUGGAUCAUUAA